CAUUUAUCCCUCUUUGCUCGCCGACCACCUCCACCCUCGCGCCAUGGCCACGCCACGUGGCCAUCUCCCCGCCUGCGUCGCCGCCGUCGCGGCGGCGGCGGCGCUCCUAACCUCCCUCCUACCGCCGCCCGUCGCGGGCCAGCCCCUCGGCAACUUCUGCGGCGACAGCGGCAACUACACGGCGAACAGCACCUACCAGGGCAACAUCCGGAGCAUCUCCGCCACCCUCCCCAAGAACGCCUCCUCGUCCCGCACGCUCUUCGCCACCGCCACCCUCGGCGCCGUCCCGGACAUCGUCUACGCGCUCGCGCUCUGCCGCGGCGACACCGCCAACGCCACCGCCUGCGCCGGCUGCGUCGCCGCCGCGUUCCAGGACGCGCAGCAGCUCUGCCCCUACAACAAGGACGCCACCGUCUUCUACGACGCCUGCGCGCUCCGCUUCUCCAACCAGAACUUCCUCGCCUCCACCAACGGCGACAACAAGUUCCUCAUCCUCAUGAACACGCAGAACGUGUCCGCGCCGGCCAAGGUGUUCGACGCCGCCGUGGGCGUCCUCAUCAACGCCACCGCCGACUACGCGGCGGCGAACUCGUCCAGGCGGUUCGGCACGGGGGAGGAAGGGUUCAACGGCAGCAAGAUUUACGGGCUGGCGCAGUGCACGCCGGACAUGGCGACGGCCACCUGCCGGAGCUGCCUGGGGGGAAUCGUCGGGAUGAUGCCCAAGUAUUUCAGCGGGAAGCAGGGCGGCAGGGUUCUCGGACUGCGGUGCAACUACAGGUACGAGAUAUAUCCUUUCUUCGACGGGGUCUCGCUGCUGCAGCUCCCGGCGGCAUCACUGGGAGCGCCGCCGGCGCCAUCUCCGGCGGCCGUAAACGUCACGCCGCCGGCCACCACCACCGGUACCAGACGACGAGGGAACACCACUGGUAGGGUUUUAGCCAUUGCAUUGCCUAUAGUCGCUGCAAUACUGGCUGCUGUAGUAAUUUGCUUUUAUAUCUGGAAGAGGAAGACGGAACGAGCAAGAAAGCCAUCAAUAGCAGAUCCAACAGACCCAGCGGACAUAGAAAGUAUUGAUUCACUUAUUCUUAGUAUAUCAACUUUACGAGUGGCAACAAACAACUUUGAUGACAGCAAUAAACUUGGCGAAGGAGGUUUUGGUGCGGUUUAUAAGGGAGUCCUCCCUAGUGAUCAAGAAAUAGCAGUGAAAAGGCUAUCGCAAAGUUCUCGACAAGGGAUAGAGGAGUUGAAAAAUGAGCUUGUUUUGGUUGCUAAGCUUCAACACAAGAAUUUGGUUAGACUCCUUGGUGUUUGCUUGGAAGAACAUGAAAAAUUACUUGUGUAUGAAUACAUGCCUAACAAAAGCCUCGACACAAUUCUGUUUGAUCCUGAUAGAAGCAAUGUGCUGGAUUGGUGGAAAAGAUUAAAGAUAGUCAAUGCGAUCGCUCGAGGCUUACAAUAUCUUCACGAAGAUUCUCAGCUGAAGAUAAUUCACCGGGACCUAAAAGCAAGUAAUGUUCUGUUAGAUUCCGAUUUUAAUCCUAAGAUUUCAGAUUUUGGCUUAGCAAGGCUAUUUGGGAAUGAUCAAUCACAAGACGUCACGAACCGUGUUGUCGGAACAUAUGGAUACAUGGCCCCUGAGUACGCUAUGCGCGGGCAUUACUCCAUCAAAUCAGAUGUUUUCAGCUUUGGCGUUCUGAUUUUAGAAAUCGUCACGGGAAGGAAAAACAAUGUCUCCUACGACUCCGAGCAAUCGGUUGAUCUCUUAACUUUAGUGUGGGAGCACUGGUUGGCAGGAACAGUUGUGGAGCUUGCGGAUUCAUCCAUGGCGGGGCAUUGUCCUGGAGACCAGAUCUUGAAGUGCGUCCACAUCGGACUCCUGUGUGUUCAAGAAGACCCCACGGAGAGGCCAAUGAUGUCGAUGGUGAAUGUGAUGCUUAGCAGCAGCACCGUGUCUUUACAAGCUCCAUCUAGGCCGGCAUUUUGCAUCCAAAAGAGUAGUGUCAACUCAGAUUCGUACUCGGAGCCAUUCCGUGGAGCUAAUCAGUCCACAUCCACAGAUAGAUCGCCUAUGUCACCAAAUGAGGUUUCGAUCACUGAGCUUGAGCCAAGAUAAAUCCAAUGUGAUGCUGAAUUCAUAUUGUACCCUUUUUGUUUUGCAAAAAAAAAAAAAAAAUGCUGAUGUAGGGAAAGACCUACUUCGGCUGUGUUUGGAACUCCAAGUUCCCAACCCCUCUCCCUCGUUUUCCGCGCGCACGCUUUUCAAACUGCUAAACGGUGUAUUUUUUGUAAAAAGUUUCUAUACGAAAGUUGCUUAAAAAAAUUCAAAUUAAUCCAUUUUUUAAAAAGAAAUUAGCUGAUUCUUAAUUAAUCACGUGCUAAUGGACCGCUCCGUUUUCCGUGAGGGGAGAUUGGGUUCCCAUCCCUGCUAUCCGAACACAGCCGAUCAUAUGUAUUAUUACACCAUCAGACUUCAAAGAAAUAUUAGCUAUGAUCCACAUAUAGUAGGGCACGGUAAUAUAAUAUGUAUACUAGCAAAAUGAUAGUAUAAGCAGAUAAUUGUAAGUUGUAACCCUCUGUAUGUUACUUCACA